ACUGGUGUUGGAAAGAUUCGAAACAGAACCUAUUGUGGUGUGGAAGAGGAGUGAGCUGCUUCCUGAGACAAGAAGAAAAGAGGCAAUUCCGUGACCACACAGAGACUCAGUAUAACCAUACAGAUAUGGACGUCAAAGCUAAACACAAACGUCGUUGUUCUUUGUGAAGAAGACUGUGUCGUUCAGUCGGAAAGAUCCGGUAUAUGAAGAGUUAAGAUCUGACAUCCCAACUGUUUAUUUCAGAAGCUAGCAGGCUAGCACGCUAGAUACCUGGGAGCUAGAAAUGGAAAGCCCGAGUGAGUUUUCCUGAUAGAGAUCUUCGUCGAGCUUUGAGGAAGCUGUUUUCAGUUUAGAUAUUUUCGGCAGUGAUUUAAAGUGUCCGUCGCCCUCCUCGUAAGUAGCCGCAACUUUGAAGCAUGAUAUCAACUGAGCGCUAAGCAUUUCACUACUACAAACCACAAGAAGAAAGUCAUACAGGCCUGCGGACUCGAAGUUGCACACAAACACCAAGAAGUGAGAACAUGACUCACUGGCCUUUGUCAGAGACUGGCAUGGGCGUUCUGUGCCAGCCUUGGCCCUGCCUGCUGCUCUAGAAGCUAUCUUGGAACACCAUGAAGGAGAGGCAUUGAAUCUAGCUCCCUGACGAUCAUCUCUGUACUCCUUCUCGUCCUCCUCCUUGACCUUGCCUCACCCCCAUCAUGCUGCGCUUCCUGCCUCUCAAACUUGGCCGGCUGUACCGUUGUCUGAAGAUCCUGUUGGUAGUGGGAUUGUUUGUCAUCUUGUUGAUGAACACCCACAACCUGUUUGCUUCCUUUCAGAAGAAUGAGCUCACUGACAGACGCUUCAUCAACCUCAACAAGUGCCCCGCCUGUUUUGGCACCAGCUGGUGCCGCAAGUUUAUGAAUGGCCAGGUUUCCUUUGAAACCUGGGGUCGCCUGAGGUUUCUAGAUGUUUUCAAUGUCAAGAAUGUUUACUUUGCUCAAUAUGGCGAGCCCAGGGAGGGCACUCGUCGAGUGGUGCUGAAACGGCUUGGCUCUAACCAGGAGUUGGCUGAGAUAGACCAGAAAAUCUGCAAGAGGGCCACAGGCAGGCCACGCUGUGACCUUGUCCAGGCAAUGUACAAGACUGAAUUUGCCCGAAUCAACGGCGAUGUCCGUCUGCUCACUCCAGAGGUGGUGGAGGGUUGGUCAGACCUGGUGCACUGCCCCUCUCAGAGGCUGCUAGACCGUGUGGUCCGCAGAUAUGCUGAGACCAAAGACUCAGGCAGUUUCCUACUCAAAAACCUCAAGGACACAGAGAGAAUGCAGCUGCUUAUGACCUUAGCGUUUAACCCAGAACCACUUGUACUACAGAGCUUUCCGUCAGAUGAAGGGUGGCCAUUUGCCAAGUACCUGGGAGCAUGUGGGCGCGUGGUAGCUGUCAACUAUGUGGGCGAGGAGCUAUGGAGCUUCUACAAUGCGCCCUGGGAGAAGAGAGUCGACUUGGCACGCCAGCUGAUGGACAUCGCCGAGCAGCUCACUAACAACGACUUUGAGUUUGCCCUCUACCUGCUCGACGUCAGCUUCGAUAACUUUGCAGUUGGCCCACGCGACGGAAAAGUCAUUGUUGUUGAUGCUGAGAAUGUUCUCGUGGCAGACAAAAGGCUGAUCAAGCAGAACAAGCCAGAAAAGUAUGACGUGUGGUAUGAGAGCCGUUUUGAGGAGUGCGACAGGGAAGCCUGUCUGUCCUUCUCCAAGGACUCCCUUUGCUCCAGGGUCACUGUGGACCACAACUACUAUGCUGUGUGUCAGAACCUGCUGUCGAGGUAUGCUACAUGGCGGGGAACCACUGGAGGCCUCCUCCACGACCCCCCUGCCCACAUAGCCAAAGAUGGACAACUCGAGACCCUGUUGGACGAGUGUACCAAACCCAAAAAACAAUACGGCCGCUUUCAGGCAGCCAAAGAACUGCGCGAAUACCUCACACAGCUAGCUACCGCUUUGUCCUCUGCUACGGCCAGGUAAUGAAUGGAGUCUGCUUUAUGCACUGAGAGACUGGAUUGUGGACUCUUUAUCUCUGGACUCCUGAGAUCCUGGUUCAUGUACAUGAUGUCAUUUGCUCCUGUUUGUGCACUGGAGCAAUAAUGUGUAAGGGGCCUUACAUCAGGAAGUGUAAGAAUCAAACUUCAAAGCAGAUUUGUUAAAGCUCUAGCUUUUACCUGACAUUGCCCCUGUGUGAAAGAGGAGUGUGGCACUAAGAGAUACUGGUUAGAACCAGGAUUGAGAGGGGAUAGAGGUAACUUCUCCUCUCCCAGGGUGGGCCUGCCAGGUGAGAAAGGGCUCUGGUAAAUGCGUCUUUCACUGGAUCCAGGCUAACAAAACCAAGCGCGGCUAAGCAACAGUGGCAGCAAAACAAAACAGUCCUGGUCACAGCCAGUUUUUUUUCUAUUGUUUUUGUUUUUGUUUUUUUUAUUAGAG